AUGCGUUGUCUAUUCGCUCUUGUCUUCGGCGUGCUCUUGUGCCUUCUUCUGGCGCAGGAGAGCAGUGGUGCCAGCUCCACCACCAGCACUGAAUCGACUACCACCACCACCACCACCACCGCCUCCUCCUCGGACACUACAACCACCACCACGGCCUCCUCGGACACCACCACCACCACCACCUCCUCCUCCUCCUCCUCGUCCUCCACUUCUUCGUCCUCGUCCGCGGCGGCCAGGAGGCGCAGGCGUGCCCGCCGUCGUCGCCUGGCCCGCGAGCGCCGUCGUCGCCAGGAGCGGAGGCAGCGCCAGGAGAGAAGAAGGCGCCGCAUGGAGCAGCUGCUCCAGAGGCAGCGUCGCCUGAUUAACCAGCUUAGGGGAUAAGCCGGGCAGCCCCACAAAGAGGCGAAAAAAAGAAAUAAAUUCUUAAAUAGAGUUUAAUUCUUUAAAAUUAAUACCCGAUAUUGAUUUUAACGCUCCGGGCCAGGAUAGAUAUCUCAUCUCAACUUAAGCCAUUCACUUUAUGGCAAAAGAUUUUAAAUUUUUUGUUAAAAUAAAUAUAUUUCC